UGUCUCUAAACUCGCUGCUUGAAGCAAUCAACAUGGGUGUGUGGAAAAGUCUUGUUGUAACCGUUCUUUUCAUGGUGACUUCAAACGCACAAGUUACCUGUCCUUAUAGAGGCGCUUACAUCCCACACCCCACAAACUGUAAGGCUUACUACACCUGUAACUAUCAACCUGUGUACCAAGAAUGCGGAGACAUGCUGGUAUUUAAUCCAGCAUACAAGGUUUGUGAUUGGCCAGCCAACGUGCCCGGAUGUGAAGGAUACUACACCACUAACAACAACAACAACAACGAAGGUUGUCCAGGAACAGGGAUAGAAUACCACGCGGACCCAGAUGACUGUUACCGUUAUUUUAAAUGUGAGAACGGGGUAAAAUAUCAUCUACGGUGUGGGCUCUCUUUUGCGUGGGAUGAUUCAAUAAAAGGAUGUAACAACCCAGCGGAAGUUGCCAGCUGUAACACUGAGGCGUCAACACAGAGACCUGGUGAGCCAAUUCCUGGCUACGUCAACUGCUCCAUCAGUACCUACCACGGCGACUUAUCGAACUGCCAGAAAUAUUACAGAUGUGAAGGAAGUAACGUUUACCACCUGGAAUGUCCCUCUGGCUUCAUAUAUGACCUCGCUAACGAAAACUGCGGUGAUCCCAAAAAUAUAGCUCUUUCGUGGUUGUAUUGUAACAAUGCCACGACAACAACUUCAACAUCGACGACCACAUCUACAACAACCACCGUAGCUCCAACAACGGAGGCCGAGAGAGUGACAGUUUGUUACCAAGCAACGACUCCAGCACCUGUGUGCUCAGCCACUCCACCCAUUCUGGGCCAGCCCGUUACCAUGGUAACACCAGAAACAAUUUGCGUGACCGUCAGUUCACCGGUGAAGAGACAAGUCGAAGAGUUUAUACCAGACUUUGAAUGUCCGAGAAAUGGCAGAUUCCCAGACGAGGAAGGUGAGGGUACUACGUAUAUUUCCUGUCUAAACGGUAAACCCAUGAGGAAUUUGUGCCGUCACGAAAAAGUCUUCAACCCGAAGCUCGGCCGAUGUAGUCGUAUUGUCAUGAACGAAGGAACUGACCAAGCGACAGACCAACGCGUGGCUCAGUUCACAGUGUAACUGACCCUUCGAAUAAACCCAUAGUGCUGCUGUGCCACACCUCA